AUGGAAGACAAUGUUGAAAAAGAUCUUCUUGUAAUAUUUACACAAAGUGUGUCUAACAAUUUUGAUGAAAUAAAAUCGAGUGAGCAAAAAAUAAGUGCAAUAUAUACAGAUCCAAAUAAAGAGAAUUAUAUUAAAAUUCUUUUUAAAUUAAUUAUGUACCCAUAUGUUGAACAGAAUGAAAAAAAAAAUAUAUAUGACAACUAUUUAAAUAUAAAUGUUAAGACAAGUAUAUUAAUAAGUAUAAAAAAUUAUAUUAAAAAAAGUAUACAUAGUAAUUUAGAGAGUUUAGAAAUAAGUAAUGAUCUAUGCAUAAUUAUAAAACAUUUAUGUUUGCAUUUAUUAUUAGAUAUAAAUAAUAAUGAAAUAAAACAGCUGGAUAAAUAUUUAUUUGAAAUAUUAAUGCAUUUAUUUAAGUACAAUAUUUCAGAUGAAUAUGAUUAUAUUUUAUUAUAUCUAAUCAUAUUAUAUAUCAACGAUGGUGAUUUAAAUUAUAUUUUAAGUAUACUUAACAGCGAUGAAAAAAAAAAUAAUAUCAAUGCUAUGAAGAAUAUAGAAUGUAUUAUGUUAUAUGCACAAAAUAAAUUCAUCUUACAAAAUAUAAAUCAAAAUAAUUAUCAUGUUGAAUUUACAAAAAUAAUGGAAAACAUAAAUAAUAUUAAGAACAUUAUAAAUAACAGAAACACAACAAUGAAUGAUGAUAUUGUAAAUUGUAUUAACGAUACAAAAAAAAUAUAUAAAUCCAAUGAUAAACAUAAUUUAUUUGUUUUAGAUGAUUAUAUGUUGUAUAAUAUAUCUAAAGAUAAUAAUUCCUUACAAGCAAAUAUAGCCAAUUGUGAAACAAAUCCAGAACAGUUUAUUAUAAAUGGAUUAAAUUUUAUGGGCAAAGGAACAAUACUUAAAGACUAUAAUAAUAAUGUAAAAAUUAUAGACCUAUUAAAACUCAAUAAUUGUAAUUCAACUUUCAAAAAUAUAGAUAUCAACAAGUUUAGAAGUAAAUAUAUUGCUCUAAAAAUUUUAAGAAAAAUUAUAAAAAAAUAUAAAGAUAAUGGAUAUGUAGCUAAAUUUGAUAUUAAAAUUAUUUUAACACAUAUUGAAUAUCCACUUACAUUAUAUUUUAUUUAUUUAUACAACAAGUUUAGAGAAUAUACAAAUUAUAUAAACAUAAAAUUAAGUGAAAGAACAAACACAUAUGAUGUAAAUCUGGAUAAUGAAAUGAACAUCUGUUUCUAUACUAUUAAUGAUAUACUUAUGAAUAUAUAUAUUUUUUUAAAAGUUUUUUACAAUAUCAAUACUAUAGAUUUACCAGAAUAUUAUGAGGAUAACUUUGACAUAUUUUACAACAUCUUUUAUAAUUUUAUUACAUAUGAUAUAGAAGUUUUAAGGAAUUAUUUUUUACAUCUAUCUAUGGUCAGAAAUUUUAAAUUUGGAAUCAAUGAAUCUACCAGAUGUAUAACAAAUACUCAUAAUAUCGAUGGGAAAUUUUAUCUUUUAAAUGCAAAUGGAACAGAUCUAGCUAAUAAACUAACAUCUAAUGAUUAUCUAAAUAAAUUAUUAAGCAAUUUUGAAAAGAACAUAUUAAAAUGUAAAAUAAUAACAAUAGAUAUAAUUAAAAUUAUGUCUGAAAGAUAUCAAGAUGAAUCAAAAGCAUAUAUUAUUAAGUUGAUAUAUUCAUUAAUACAAAUAUUAUAUAAAGAAAAAGAUAAAUCUUUGUUAUGCCAUAAUUAUAAUUGUUUAUCUGCUACUAUCAAAUUAAUUCAUCAUAUGAACUUAGAAAAAAAUGAUUUAAAUCCAUAUAAAGAAACUAAAUUUUUAGAGAAAGUUAUAGAAUGUGUACUUCAACAUAUACGAUUAAAAUAUAGUGACAUUGAAGAAAUAUUAGAAGCUGAUCUAGACUAUUUUCGAAAUGAUUUAAAUAAUUCAAAUGCUUUUUCAAUAAAAUCAACUGCUAUAUAUUUUCUUAAAACAUUAUGUAGUAAUUAUUUUGACAUUUGUUUCCCAAUCUUAGAGUUUAAAAUAUUAUCUAAAGAUUCUUUUCUUAUGCAAGAAGGGAAUCAAAAUGGACAAGCAGUUACAUCUAAUCAAGGAAUGGGUUCUACAUCUGUUAAUGAUGAAAUAAAUUCUAAAAGCCCAUUUUAUGAGCCAUGUAAUAUGGAAUAUAAAAUACAACUUAUCACAUGUUUAAAUCAAAUAAAUUUAUCUACAAACUUUUAUCAACAUAAUAUUAAAAAUGAUUUAAAAAAUUUUGUUAUAUCUAUAUAUAUGAAAUGCCCAAAUUUUGAUUCUUUAUUUUAUAAUGUAAAUGAUAAUAUAUUUCAAAAUCAACAAAUUUCUAAUACCACCAAUUCAACAUCAGUAAACCUAUCAGAUAAAUUAAUAUGGCUAAAAAAUGAAGACAUAUUUAACUCAAAAAAUACAAUCUAUCUCUUAUCAAUACUUAAGUUUAUAUUAAAUAAUAGAAAUAUAUGUACAAGUCAUGAAAAUAUUGCAGAUAUCUUUUCAUUUUUAUAUCACUUACUAUUUAAUGAAAAAAAUAUGAUACAUAAUUAUGCUUGUUUAUGUAUAAAUAGAUUAUUAAAUUGUCAAAUAAAUAAAGAAUUACUAGAUCUAAUCUAUCAAAAUGUUGUUAUAAAUAUUUUAAAUAGAUUAUUAUUUUUAUUGAAAUAUAAUGUAUAUAACAAAAUAUUGAAUGAAUAUAUAUUAAUUACAAUUUUAAGAAUAUUUAUGAAUUUUUCAGACAAAAUUUCAAAUCAAUAUACUAUUUUAGUUCUCCAACUUAUUGACAAUACAAUUAAAAUAAUUAUUAAUGAUUCACACAAUCCCAUCUUUAAUCAUUAUCUAUUUGAAUUGUUUACUCUUAUUAUUUCUUUAAUUUAUAAACAACAAGAUCAAACAUGUAUCAACCUUAUCGAAGAUGUUGUUAUAUCUACUUUUUCAAAAAUAUUAGAACUUUAUAUUCAUGAUUUUAUUCCAUAUAUUUUUCAAAUAUUAUCUAUUAUUAUAAAUAAUACAAAUCAGAUUAAAAAAGUACAUCUAGAUAUUCUUACAAAUUUAUACCAAAUAGAUUUAUGGAAAAGUAGUGUCGGAAAUCCAAAUGGAAUCAUAUGUGUUCUAACUAGCUAUUUUAAAAAACAUAAUUUAUUUCAAGAUAUUAUUAAAAAUAAUAUGCAACAAUUAUUUAAUAUCUAUCAUUAUUGUUUAUCUAACAAAAAAAUUUCUAUAGAUUCUUUUCAAAUUAUUUUAAUUAUAUUUACUUAUCUUCCCCUAGAAUAUUAUCAAUCAUUUCUUAAACCUCUCUUUGUUCUAUUAUUCACAUUCUUACAACAAUACAAAAAUGACAUUAUUAAAAUAAAAGUCAUUCACUCACUUUCAGUUUUCAUCCUCAAAACAAAUGCAGACCACUUUCUAACUGUCAUCGACCAAGUCCAAAACGGCCUCAUCUUCAACGUCCUCAAGAGUCUCUACAUGCCAGUCAUGGAUAAACUAAUCAACAUAAAUGAAAAAAUUAUUAUUUUUAUUGCCCUCACAAAGAUAAUAAAUAAUGACAAAAUAAGAAACGAACCCCUUAUUGUAGAAAUACUUAAUUCCUUGAAUAAAAAUAUUACAAAAAAUGAACUUGUUAUGAAAAAAAGUAAAACACAACAGAGUCUUAAUCCUGAAAAAGAUGAGGUAGAUAAGGACUUUGAAGUUACUUAUGUCAAAUUGCAAAUGAUAAAUAAUGAAAACAUCAACGAAACGGUUUUACGGAACAUAGACAUAAACACCGAGCUGAAGAAAAAUUUGUAUACCCCCGAGUUCAUGCAAAUAUGUAGCUCCAACGGAUUCAACAAUAUUCUUCAACUUUUUAGCAACUAA